GGCGCAACAGACGAGAUCAAGUUUAAUGGCUGAAUACGCGACAACCGAAUCGCCAAUGCUGCAAGUUGCUCUUCGCAACGAAAUUAUCAUCAUACGCUUUGUGAAACGAGCAGACGUUUUGUGAAGACGAACACGUAGUUAUCAAUCGGUUUAUUCUCCCGCGACACUUAUUCAACAAGCGGUUGUACAUUGUUUAUAUUCCGAUCUAACAGUGCAAAUAUUAAGAUUUCAUUCUCCCCCCCACCUUCGUGCAGCCACAAUAAAAUAACGCAGCUCGCCGUCACCUCUGCAUUACAUUUCACAACUCGGAUAGAGCACGACUCCAAUCCCCGCACUACGAUUGGUCUACUCGAGCACGUGAUCGCAUUUUUUUUAAAGCGUCGCCACCGUCGACCAAUCAGAGCGCGGCGUUAGCUCCGCCGCCGCUUAUCCGCUCUGUGGAAUGAAAGCCACGUGCGCCGCUGUGACUUUGUGGAUCUUUGAGGGCAGCAGUUUAACACAUUUCGUUUCGGCUUUCGCGACCAAUAUCACCCAUAGCACAGGUUCUCUCUUGUUUGGGGGGGGCGGUUAGAUCGCGUAAAUAUCAUUAGGGGUUUGCCACGUAAACAGGACGUUGCCUAUCGUACAGCAACGCCGGUUGUUGUGUUUGGAGAGCGAAUCCACAACAGUUACAAGCGGGCUCACGAGGGAACUUGCGAGUGUUUUUUCUUUCCCGAGCGUUCGUUUGCGCUUUGACCUCCUCCUGACUCGGCCACCGGAGACACCCCCCUACAACGCGCGGAUAAACGCCUCCAAGGAUGUCGACUUGCAGCCGCGUAGCGCAGCAAUGGGGCACGUUUUCGCGGAUGUGGUAUCUGCUGGACGCCCGUCUCCAGCCGCCGGGCAAAGUGGCCAAGCUGUGUGCCAUGCACCUCAAGGGACAAAACAAGCCCAUCUACCAUGCCUUGAAUGACUGUGGGGACCAUGUGGUGGUGAUCAACACGAGGCACAUCGCAUUCUCCGGCAACAAAUGGGACCAGAAGGUGUACAGCAGCCACUCCGGGUAUGCCGGUGGAUUCAAACAAGUGAUUGCAAAAGACCUCCACAAGAAGGACCCGACUGCAAUUGUACGGCUGGCUGUGUAUGGAAUGCUGCCCAGUAACUUGCUCCGGAAGACCCAGAUGAUGAGGAUCCAUCUCUUCCCGGACGCCGACAUUCCCGAGGACAUCCGCAAGAACCUGGUGCAGGAGCUGGAGCAGCCGCGGGUGCCUCCGCGCACGCUCAGGCAGUACAGCAAGGAGGACGUCGAGGCUUUCCCACGCGUCUGGACCCCGCCGAAGGACUUUUUGUGGAAGUAAACUGGGAGAUGCAAGUUCCGGGCCACGUUGACUUCAAGUACAGAAGCAAGGCACACGCUGGGCUGUGUGACGAAUCCGUCAAUCCCACUUACACACAAAGACAAAGAUCCCCCCCCCACCACCCCCCACGUUAGCUGAACAGAUUGUUUAUUCUGUUACUCGUACACACACACACGCAUAAGGGUGCACACACGCACACAACAAAAACAAAACAAUGAUAGGGCAAGUGCCGUUAGUGAACGCCUAUGGAGGCCAGCGUGGCGUACAAGAGGGUUAUGGUGUGGCCAUCACGAUGACUGGCCACCUUUGUUUCCCCAAUGCCAAUGUUUACACAUCACACCAAGUACUCAUUUGAAGGCGAGUCGUCCGAGGGGAGGCCCAGUAUCCGGUUCAGAUGUCGCUCGCCACUUAUUAGUCUUGGCUACAAAUCAUAUUUGGGUUGUAGGGUCAUAGAGCAGAUGACUAACCGCUGGGAACUAAGACAAACAUCCCUCGUAUAGCUUCAACAGACUGUCGGGGCAAGUGGUGUUAGCAAGCACCUAUGAAGGUCAGAACAGCACACGAGGGGGUGGGUGGCCAGGACCACGCCCGACCGCCUUUGUCUCCCCAGUACCGGACACGCACGCACGCAAACGCCUUCCGUUGCGCCCAUGCGGUAUAUCUGUCACUUCUGCCAUCUCGUUGACCACAGCUCAGAUGAAAUGUUCAUGUUGGCAAAGAGUUGCGGGGCACUUUCUGUUUAAUCAGUGCAUUUUUUCUUCAUGAGUUCAAGAUGAAUUUGCUCUCUCUCUCCUGUUCUCUGUCCUGCUCUCCCCCGCUCACUGUGCCCCAGAAAGUGGUUUUGCUCCAAAAAAUGUUUUUGCAAUUCUUGAGGGAGAUUGUCACAACGGUGUGCAUGUGAGUUUAAUGGCGGCUUCAUGUGUGUUUUUUUAAAGAUAAUCCUUAAAAAAAAACAUGAAUUAUAUCCCUUAAAUCGUAAAGGGUUUGUGUGUCACGUAUGUAUUAAUUAUAUCCAUAUACCAUCAGGUGCCAGCUGAAUCAGAGCCGUGUUUUUGUAAGUUGCACAUAUAAAUGGACGGUAUACCCUG